UCACUUCCUGCGCGCCGCGGGAAUUCUAUUCUGUUCGCGUGCCGUCGCGUCAGCUUCGAAUUGCGGCAGGACCCGGAUGUUGAUUCCUUCACCGUGACGGCGGCGAGCGGGUUGAAAAUCUUUCAGGAGGGGAGUCGGUUGGGAAAGUGGGAAAAAAGAAGGACGGGUACUAAUAGUUGCUUUUUAUGCCUGGUUUUGGACUUCCAGGGAGGCUGUUUGUGGGGUGAGAAGAAAAGGGCCAUCAUGUCAAAACGCAAAGUAACUUUUGAAGACCAAGGUGAUGAGGAUGAAGAAGAAAUGAGUUUGCCAAAAAAGAAGCUGGUUGAACCGGCCAUUGGAGGGCCAGGCAGCCGCUUUAAGGGCAAACACUCAUUGGACAGUGAUGAAGAAGACGAUGAGGAUGAUGAAGGGCGAGGCAGUAAAUAUGACAUUUUGGCAUCAGAUGAUGUGGAGGGGCAGGAAUCUGCCACUAUUGAUUAUGAAGAUGGUGUCCGAAUCACCCCAUUCAAUUUGCAGGAGGAGAUGGAAGAAGGCCAUUUUGAUUCUGAAGGCAACUACUUCUUAAAGAAAGAGGCAAUGAUUCGGGAUAACUGGUUGGACAACAUUGAUUGGGUCAGGAUAAAGGAACAGCCACCAGGUCGGAAGAAGGUACCAACAGAUUCUGUGGAAGACAAUAAUGAGGAUGAAGGUGAUGACCUUGAAGAUGUCCAGGUACCUCUGGAGAAGAAGGAAUUGCUGGAAGGAAUGGUGGAUUUAGUGCAACCUGGAGAGACAGUUGCUAGAGCCAUCCAAAGGCUGGGUGACAAGGGUGGACCCAAGAACAGUGGGCGUCAGAGGAAGCCCUGGAGUCGCCUUAAAGCCAGUGAAACAGAACCAGCAGAGGAAGGGGAGACCCAGAAGCUUGGGUCACCAGAACGGAAAGAGCAACUGGAACGCCUGUCAGGGCUGGCAGACCAGAUGGUGGCACGAGGUGUGUACGAGAUCUAUGGAGAGACCCGGGAGAAGCUGGCACUGAGGCUCCAGGCAUUGCAACAUCCUCCUGCAGCAUCUGCUGCUGCUGAACCCGAACUCGAUAUGUUUGCUGAGGAUAUUGAUGAAGCAAAACUGGGGGAGAAGAAGCCAGCUGCAGGAAGUGAGGAGCAGCAGGUGGGCGAUGACAAUGCUAUUUCUGAGGUGAUGUGGGAAUACAAGUGGGAGAACACAAACACAUCUGAACUCUAUGGCCCAUUUAGCAGCUCUCAGAUGCAGGACUGGGUAUCCCAGGGGUACUUCCCUGAUGGGGUUUACUGCCGGAAAGCAGAUAAUUCUGAAGGCCAGUUCUACAAUUCCAAGCGCAUUGAUUUUGACCUCUACACGUGAUUGGAGCCCGCCUCAUGGCCCACAAGAGAGAUGGAACUUGAUGCAGACCUGAAAGAACUUGGUGGACAUUAGGGGCUGGAGGCCGGGGGAAGGGAGGGUGUUUGUGUGUGUGUGUGUGUGUUUGCGUGCUUGCUGAGAAGAAGAAGAGGUUUGAUCCAUCACCUAAUUCUGAAGAUACUUCAGAUUAUGGGAGAAAUAAAGGAAUCAACCUUAUA